AUGUGCGUUCGACAGGAGAAACUGCGUGAGUGUGUCGAACUGUGGCAUGAGAAGGCUGCCUUUCUUUCGGCUACUUUAAGGUCGUGUCCGGCAUUGGUAGACCCAAUGUCUUGGAACAGGAUCGUGAUUGCUGAUUUCCAGCAGUCGGAGGCCUGGCAGAGCUGCUUGAGGGCCUUGGGAGCUAAGUAUCGCUGGGGCCUUUGGAAUGAUUUUGAGGGACUGUGCAGCUCAACAUGUUCAGUGGAGAGGGCUCUCAACAUGGCAGAGUUGCUACACUAUGCUGGUGGCGAUGCCAUGCGCCAAGCGCUCAAGUUCAGGAAGUCCAAGUCCAAACAGGCAAGUCUUUGGCUGGCAGAUCCAUCAAACAAACAAAAGAUCCAGGAAGAAUGCCAAGAGAUGCUCCGUGACGCGGUCCGGCCCAGCAGAACAGAGCCGGAGGAGAUGUCAGAUGCAGGGCAGGGGUGGGGUCAUGGAUUCUGCUCGGGCCGCUGGCGCCUAGUGACGACUUGGCAGUGGGAUUUCGGGGGUCAGACUGUGGCUGGUCUGACGCGGGAGUUGUAG